GAAAACAGACAGACGACCGCAAUCGAAAUUUGACAUUCACAAUCUACCUAAGAGUGAGCUUCUUCGAAUAGUUUAUCGACAUGGCGAAGUUGUUAAUGCUACUUUUCUUGGCCGCUACACUUAAGAGUAGCUUUGGAGCUAUUUGCCCCAAUCCGCAAGCAUACUCUGGUCAAUCUCUGUGUGAUCCAUGGGGUACAUACUGUGGUGAAUGCGUUUCCUUCUACAAGGUUUGCUCAGAUGAUACACGAACAACUAGUUCCUGGGUACAAGGGCAAAAAGUCAGAGGAGCCAGCUUGGCAUUCGGCACGGGCAUUGCCACUUUUACUAACGGCAAGUACGACAGUGGACACACUGCCAUUUACGUUGGCCAGUCCUCGACUGGGAUUGAUGUCUGGGAUCAAUGGGUUGGCCAACCUGUUCACCAGCGCACUCUUCGAUUUGACAGCACCAGUUACCAGAAUGACGGGGAUAACUUUUACGUUAUUCAGUAAACUAAACACGUUUCCUAUUGCCAUUAUAACAAUUCAAAAGAACCCCUAUUCAAUGGCUUUGUCAUCCUAUUACACAGAUAUUAUAAUACAGUUACAAUUAAAAGUUA